AUGCCAAAAUCAACAGUUCUCACAGUAGUGUGCUUUCUUCAAAUCUACCUCAUAAAUGGACAGAUAACUUGUGAUAGGCAAAUGACUGUUGAAUGGCGGGUGGAACCGAAGCCAAAUAUAAUAAAAUGGACACUAAGGGAAAAAAUCUGCUCAGACUUUUACAAAGAGUGCUGGGAUAUGCAUAAAAGUAAUACUGGGAACAUCUCAGAAGAACAAAAUCUCCGUGUCCCUCAGAUAUGUCCCUUGCAGCUUCAGUUAGGUGACAGUCUCUUCAUCUCCUCUGAGCCAUCUUUUCAGUUGCAUGGAAUGAAUUUGGCAAAUGUCUCCAAGGAAGAAUUUAUUAAUUGCCCUAAAACUGGUGUUCUUCAAGAGCAACUGGUUUUGGUUUGCCAGGUUGGAGGGCUACACCAAGUUGACCCCAAAUGGCUUGCUGUUGGAACUCACUAUUUUUUAGAGCGGCACCACAAGGGCCCACAACUGUGUGACAAGGGCCUUCGUCUGAACGUAACAGUGAAGCAGCAGCUUUGCCAACAAGCUCCACAUGCACCACUGUGCUCUGGGCAUGGAAGAUGCUUGAGCCAUAUUUGGGAGGACGCAUAUAACUGCCAUUGUUUCCCACAGUAUUCUGGAAGAUUCUGCCAGAAAUUUGAUAUGUGCUCCACUAAACCUUGCCACAACAACGCCUCCUGUGUGGACGCAUCACAGCUUCACAGAGAUUCCUAUCAGUGCAUAUGUCCUCCACAAUUCGCAGGGAAAAAUUGCACAGAUAUCGUUGGACAGUGCCAGCCACAUACAUGUUUCAAUGGGAACUGCAGCAAUGUUACUCCAAAUACUUUCAUUUGUGAAUGUGACAAGGGCUUCACAGGCCCUUUUUGUGAAGAACUCACUGAUCCUUGUGCUUCUGAGACGUGCCUGAACGGGGGCAUAUGCCAAUAUAAUGAAUCUGGAUAUGUUUGUGAUUGUCCAGCUGGUUUUCUUGGUCAUAACUGUGAAGUUGAUAUCAAUGAAUGUUCUUCAAAACCAUGUCAGAACAGAGGUACAUGUAUUGAUUUGCCAAACGAUGUGUCAUGUAUCUGCCUGCCAAAAUUCACUGGCAAGUUCUGUGAGAGAGCAUUGAAUCCAUGUGAACUAUUGCCUUGUUUAAAUAACGCAACAUGUAUAGAACAGCAGCAGAACUAUGAAUGCCGCUGCAUGCCAGGAUUCACUGGAAAGAACUGCGAGGGAGUAAUUGACUACUGCAGGCUGCUCAGCAUCAACUGUCUGAAUGAAGGAUUGUGUCGUAAUAUAAUUGGAGGAUUCACUUGUCUCUGUGCACCUGGAUGGACAGGAGAAUUUUGCCAAUUCGCUGAAAAUGCAUGUUUAAUUUACCCAAAUAAAUGUUCUCACGGAGCAACUUGCAUCAAUUUGAGCCAACUGAGAGAGCAACCUUUGUUGCGGUGUUUGUGUCCUCAUGGUUUCACAGGAGAGUUUUGCGAGUUGCAAGCUGAUAACUGUGGUUCCAACUCAUGUGAAAAUGGAGGAACAUGUGUUAACUAUGAAGACGAUUAUAAGUGCACCUGCCCCAUAGGUUUUGCAGGUGAAAGAUGUGAACUGGAUAUUGACGUCUGUCUACUCUACAAUAUAAGCUGUGCCCCUGGAGCACUAUGCAUGGAUAAAUCUCAUGGAUUUAAUUACACAUGUUUAUCACCAUGUAUUGGAAACACAGAGGCUUGUGCAAAUGGAGGUAGCUGCUUCUAUGAUGAAGAAAACCAGAAAUCUCACUGUGUCUGUGCUCUUGGAUGGACUGGACAAACAUGCCAGGAGAAUAUUAAUGACUGUGAGAUAAAUCAGUGCCAACACGAGUCUACGUGUGAAGAUGGAAUAAAUAAGUACAGAUGCAUAUGUCCCCUUGGUUACACUGGCACAUUUUGUGAACUUGAUAUAGACAAUUGCAUUGGAAACCAGUGUUCUGAGUAUGGUGCCUGCCAGGACCACUUGAGUAAUUACAGCUGUCACUGUAUGCUCGGAUAUGAAGGACCAUUCUGUGAAGUCGAAAUUAAUGAAUGCUCCAGUUUUCCAUGCAAAAAUGGAGCCACCUGUGUGAAUUUAAUUGGCCAUUUCUCAUGUCAUUGUGCUGCAGGGUUCAAAGGUUUUUCAGGCCAGUACUGUGAAAUAGAAAAGAAUGAAUGUGAUGCAUCUCCCUGCUUGAAUGGUGCUGUCUGUCAGAAUGAUGUCAACAGCUAUGUUUGUUUUUGCCCUGAAGGAUUUGAAGGGGUGAACUGUGAAAUCAACUUUGAUGAAUGCACUUAUGGCUUUUGUAAAAGCAAUUCAACUUGUUUAGACCUGGUUGCAGACUACAGUUGUAUUUGUCCUCCAGGAUUUACUGACAAAAACUGUUCCACAGACAUUGAUGAAUGUGCCUUCAAGCCCUGCAAAAAUGGAGGCCGUUGCCAUGAUUUGAUUGGUGAAUUUUACUGUAGCUGUUUGCCAGGGUUUACUGGUCAGCGUUGUGAAGCAGAUGUUGCCAGCUGCCUGUCACAACCCUGUGGAGCCCUCAGCAUCUGCAAUGAUACAUUGGGUGGCUAUCUUUGCUUCUGCGCACCUGGUUUUAUAGGUAAUAACUGCGAGAUUGAGGUGGAUGAGUGUCUCAGUGACCCUUGUCACAACGGAGCCACGUGUGUUGAUCAUCUGAAUGCCUUCCGGUGCCUCUGUCGGGAUGGAUUUCAAGGUGCAACUUGUGAAACAAACAUAAAUGAGUGUCAUUCCUCUCCAUGUCUUCAUAAUGCAACAUGUGCAGAUCUUAUAGGUGGCUACGAAUGUAUCUGUCUACCUGGCUUUACUGGGGCAAGAUGUGAAACAGAUAUAGAUGAGUGUGCUUCAUUUCCCUGCAAGAAUAGAGCCACCUGCAUUGACCAACCUGGUAAUUACUUCUGCCAAUGUGUGGCUCCAUUUAAAGAAAUGUAUACAGGUAUGAAGCAGUAA